CCUUACAGCCGUUGUAGCGCCCUGCACCGAGUAGUGCACGCACGCCUGCAGAGUUCGAGUUUCCAAUAAAAGGGUCCUACUAGCGCCUAGGCGCUUGUUUAGCCUAUAGCCUGGAGCAAUUCCUAUCACUUUUGGAAGAUCGGGUUAUCUUGAAACAUUCCAGGCGGAAAUGCUUAACUUAUGAUUCCGGUUCAAUGGGAAGGUUUUGAAGUGCUCUCUGAAAAGUGACCAUUGUUGUAAUCAGGUCGGGGCUGUUAUUAUUUCUACUUACUGACCUUCUUAGUUUUCUCACAGCUUCGCGACAGGAUUAAAGCGCAUCCACUUAAAGUGUCAUGAAAGAAAUGUCAAGCAACAUGCCUGGAGGGCAGCAGCCCCAGAAACAUUAUGGGAUUACAUCUGCCAUUAGCCUUGCACCUCCCAGAGACAUCGAUCAUGAGUAUACCAAGAAAUUAUGUGAUGCUAUGAAGCCUUUUGGGGUUUUUGAAGAUGAAGAGGAAUUAAAUCACAGACUUGCUGUUCUAGGAAAAUUGAAUAACUUUGUCAAAGAAUGGAUAGCCGAGAUCAGCGAAUUAAAGAACCUUCCACCUUCAGCUAUUAGCAGCGUGGGAGGCAAAAUCUUCACAUUCGGUUCAUAUCGCCUCGGAGUGCACACCAAAGGAGCUGAUAUUGACGCCCUUUGUGUGGCUCCUCGUCACGUAGAAAGAAGUGACUUUUUUCAGUCUUUCUUUGAGAAAUUCAAACAACACGAAGAGAUAAAAGAUCUGCGGGCUGUCGAGGAUGCAUUUGUUCCUGUAAUAAAAUUCAAAUUUGAUGGAAUAGAGAUUGACCUGCUUUUUGCCAGACUGGCAUUGCAAUCCAUUCCAGACAAUCUCGAUCUCCGGGGGGAUUCCAUCCUAAGAAAUUUAGACAUACGUUGCAUUCGAAGUCUUAAUGGUUGUCGAGUGACUGAUGAAAUACUGUAUUUGGUGCCAAACAAAGAAAACUUCAGGCUGACCUUGCGAGCCGUCAAACUUUGGGCAAAACGUCGCGGGAUCUACUCCAACAUGUUGGGUUUUCUGGGCGGAGUGUCAUGGGCCAUGCUUGUAGCAAGGACUUGCCAGCUCUAUCCUAAUGCUGUUGCUGCCACCCUCGUCCAUAAGUUCUUCUUAGUUUUCUCCAAAUGGGAGUGGCCAAACCCUGUGCUUUUGAAGCAACCUGAGGACAGUAAUCUGAAUCUACCUGUAUGGGAUCCUAGAGUCAACCCUUCAGACAGAUAUCACUUGAUGCCCAUCAUCACGCCAGCCUACCCACAGCAAAAUUCCACUUACAACGUCUCCACAUCAACCCGCACCAUUAUGAGCGAGGAGUUUAAAUAUGGUCUCAGUGUGACAGAUGAGAUUCUUCAGGGAAAAGCUGAAUGGCCAAAGCUCUUUGAGCCGCCCAAUUUCUUCCAGAAAUAUAAGCAUUACAUUGUCCUGACGGCAAGUGCAUCCACAGAAGAAAACCAUUUAGAAUGGAUUGGACUUGUCGAGUCAAAGAUUCGAGUCUUGGUGGGAAACCUUGAGAGGAAUGAGUAUAUUACCCUGGCACAUGUAAAUCCCCAGUCCUUCCCCGGGUCCAAAGAGAACCGCAAUGAGAAUUACUUUGUGUCCAUGUGGUUCAUUGGGAUCAUUUUCAAGAAAGUGGAGAACGCAGAGAGUGUGAACAUUGAUCUAACAUAUGAUAUCCAGUCAUUCACAGACACUGUGUACAGACAAGCCAACAACAUCAACAUGUUGAAAGACGGCAUGAAGAUUGAAGCGACUCAUGUCAAGAAAAAGCAGCUCCAUCAAUACCUACCUGCUGAAUUAGUGCAAAAGAAGAAAAGGAGCAUAGCAGAGUUAAAUCGCAGCUCCAAUGGAGGGAGCUCAAAGAGGCUCUCGCUAGACAGCAGUCACCUGGACAGCUCAAGAGACACCGACUCAGGGACUCCCUUUGGCUCCCCCACCAGCAAACUCUCCAAGCCAACUUCUGAAACAGAUGAUGGUGUCACCCCUCCCAAGCAGCUGUUAAUUGAGGUUUCCCCUGCACCCAGUUCAGCAUCAGUUGCUAAAGACCAGGCUGUGUCCAUACCUGUUGUUGGUUCAAGCAGUACUACUGCGUCCACUACCGCAAUUGGGAAUUUGGUGCCCAAUGCCGCGAGCAGCCCCAAAGAAGAGCCAGAGAACCAGGACGACUCGGUCAAUGGAGCAGCCAAGAGACCCAUCUCGCCUUUGCAGGAGGACAUGGCUAAGAGGCAUAAAGAUUCAGAGGUUGCCCCCAAUGAUGAUUCUACGUUUAAGGAACCAUUUCCACCAUUGUCUGACACUCCUCGAGACAAACCCACUAUGACUCCUCUCAUAGAAUCAAAAGCAAAGCCAGUUUCGACUAUUGAUACUCCAAGAGCACAGAGGCUUCCCAGCAUGGAGCUACCUGACGCCUCCUCGCCGCUGCCGGCCAGUAACAGCUGUCGUGUCGUGAAAAAUUCUAUUAAGCUUGCUCUCAAUCGCCACAACGUCACACCUCCUAAGCAGCCAGUGUUUGAGGCCACCAUAAACCCUGAGGUGCCUCCAGCCAGUCAAGAAAGGGGCAUGUUCAUUCCUGUUAUCGGUUCCAAACACGUUUCAUCCAAACACUCGAGCCACUCGGUUGGCAGCACCAUCCCCACGUUAGUGAGCCGAGGUGCUGACCCCUUAAACGGAGCCACUUCUAAGAGACCCCAUUCGCCUUCCUUGGAGGAGCAGGCAAAGAGGCUGAAAGAAACGGAGAAGGCCCGAAUCCACAUAGCGUGAACUCAUCAAUAGCGUCUGGAUUUACAUAACGCACAGAGGUGGGAGCUUUGUAGUCAGGUCCAACACACAGGUUAACUUGACACUUUCAGAUUGGCCAGUCUCUGCUGGCGCAUUGAAGGACAGAAACCUCACUUCCAGAUCUCUGCUGGCUACAGAAAAAACAGCAAAUGAGUGAUUGGGUCAAACCAGAGGUCGGCAGCACUCAGUGGCCAGAGUGCUUUUUACACAAGUCAACUGAGAUCUCAGACCGCAGCAUUUUCGUUUUCUUUUUUUACGAACAUCUCCUGAUAACCUUCCUUUGUUUUGAGCUAAGUUUUAAAACAAAACUGCCCAAUAUUUUCUCGCCCUCCCCAACAUAUAAUUGGUGUAUUAUUUCCUUCUUUCCAAGCAGAAAUUUGUACAGCAAGUACAGUAAAUGUUCAUGUACAUAAUGUCUUUGUCUUAAGAAAAAAAAACAGGCUAAACUCACUGUCCAAGUCGUUUGAAGCUUCUACAGUAUCAUAGUUUUAUCUUAAAAAAAAAAAAAAAAGGAAAAAUGUUAAAAAAAAAUUUUUUUUUUCUUUGUGGCUUGUCCAAAAGUUGUUUCUGCCCAUAUUGAUUUUUUUUUUUUUUUUUUUUUAAACACAAACACUGUAGUUUAGAUAAAGCAGCGUUGAUUUAUUGAAGGCUUGUUUAGAUUUAACAGAACUCUCAACCUAGUUCUUUGGACCACAAGAACCACUGAAAAGGAUUCCAGGUGUGUAUCAGUCUUUUACGUGUGCAGUUGUUGAUUCCUAAAAACGGGCCCAGCAGCACUUUUAAAGUGCUUUGUUACAGUUAAAUAAUUAUGGGCAAAAUGAGGCUUCCUGAAGUGAUGACAUUGUUCAACUCUGGGAUUAGCCAUUUCGUCAUUUGCCACGGACUGAACAAAAAGAUGGCUUCCUUUUUUAUCCGUAGGUUGCUUCAGUCUGAGGGUUGAACGUGCGCUAAACAAAAAGUUGCUCCUAUAGCUGCACGGCUGUCACCAUCCCUGCCUUUCGGGGUUCACGGCGCCCCGAUCUGGAGCUACCUUUUGACUUCCCUGCCAGUGAAGCAAAGGUUUGUGGUGCUUGGUGAAAACUGGUUCAAAGCUUUGCCAUCUCUUGUGCUCGUUUGUGUGUAGGCAUGCGUGUGGUUGAGAGUGCGUUUGUGCGUGCGCGCAUGCAUAUAUGGUUGUUUUGGAGAGAAAAUCCCCCUUGUUUUGGGUAUGAACCCUUCUUGCGCCUCCUGUGGAGGUUCUUAAAAGGCAUCGCCUGGGGCCACAGGGAAGCUAUCAGGAGACUUUUCUUUUUUUUCCCCCCAAACACAACAUCUGACGCUGCGUUGAUUUCAGCACUAAAAGGUGACAUGAACAACACGUGCUGCUGCAUUUAUAA